AUGUUAUCUUCCGAAGAAUCGCAUCAGAAACUCGGCGGUGUAAUUGUGGUAGAGACGGCGCAUAUAGACUGGACGGUUCGGGAUCGUUUCAUAGUAGUAGCUGGAAACAAGUUAAAAGUAACUGGAAAUGAGGUAGAAGUGACUGGAAACAAUGUAGACGUAACUGGAAAUAAGUAUUUUAGAAGGCUUGUGGUUGAAAGAUGCGAUGGCAAAUUGAUUCAACGAAAUGCAGACGUUUCAGUCUAUAGAAGUUAUACUCCAUAUAACUACUACCAAGCUAAUGAUAUGUGCUUCCUGAGAAUAACAGCACCCUUUAAUAGSGUUGUCAAGUUAACUUUCACAAGCUUCAAUUUAGAGUMUKCAAYGUACUGCSAAAACGACUACGUCUCAGYAUACGAUGGUUGGGAUGAGUCCAGUUCAAGAAUUGGUAAAUACUGCGGGACGSAAAAACCUCCUGUCAUYAUCUCCAAAGGAAUAUAUCUUUAUUUGAAGUUCAGAAGCAAUCAUGAAACUAAUUACCAAGGAUUUACUAUUGAGUAUACAGCUGUAUCCCCAUAUACACAAGCUACCUCCUACAGCAAAUGCACCCUCGACAACCUUUACACAGAUAACAACAAUAUCUUACUUACCUCGUCAAGUGGCUACAUCUACAGUCCUGAAUACCCGUCUGACUACCCAAAUGCGAUACGGUGCACAUGGAAAAUCGAGGUACAAAAAGAAAAGAAGAUCAAACUCUACUUUGAAUACAUGAACAUUCGGAGUAGUCCAUUCUGCAAAGAUACCUACCUUCGAAUUCGUGACGGGUACUAUUCAACGAGCACGAGAAUGGGCGACUACUGUGAAACUGUUAACGGGACUACUAUCCAUUCAUCCGGACGGCACCUUUGGUUACGCUUUGUAUCCGACUCAUCAUUCAAUUCCAAAGGGUUUAAGUUAAGGUAUACUACCGAGAGUGAAGGCAGUGGUUCAGUCGGUGUAAUCAUUGGAAUCAUCAUUGGCAUCGCAGUCAUCGUUGCUGUCAUCGUCAUCAUAGUGUACUGCACUAAAAAGAAUCGACGAGGAGCAGUUACCACAGGGGCUCCUUCAACGAUAACCACCACAACAGUCACCACAGUUCCUCAACCCCAGGGCGUGCCUCUACAGCCUAUAACAACAAUAUAUUACUUACUUCGUCAAGUGGCUACAUCUACAGUCCUGAAUACCCGUCUAACUAUCCAAAUGCGAUACGGUGCACAUGGAAAAUCGAGGUACAAAGAGAAAAGAAGAUAA